AUGGCCGAGGCGUGUAAUAGAGAAUACCAUCUCGGUGCCGUGGGAAUAUCGGAGCGACCAGUGGGGUUGUGCCCGCAGAAGAAUUCACUUUUCGAUAAGCUAACUGUCCGCGAGACGAUUCGGUUCUUUCAUCGACUAAAGGGAAGCAGCACUAACUGUGAUGAGGAGAUCAACGGCUAUAUGAACGCACUUCGCUUUGCGGAUAAAGCUGAUGAGCUCGUCGAGAAUCUGUCCGGUGGAACGAAGCGUAAGCUGUGUGUAGCCGUAGCGGCCUGUGGCGAAUCUAGGGUAGUUCUUUUGGAUGAGCCGACCGCCGGGAUGGACCCCGGCGCGAGAAGGGACAUUGAAAAUCUUCUACAGCAGAUCAAACCCAAUCGAACAAUCCUUCUAACGACCCAUUACAUGGAUGAAGCCGAAAGAUUAGGGGAUUGGAUAUACAUUAUGCAAGCGGGGAGAGAUGUUGGUCGAUCAAAGGCCCUUGACUUCACAGCAGUAUCCCCAAUAAAAUGCAUCGUCCAAUCAGACGAAAGCCGUCCCGGGCAAGAAGUCUCCAUCUACCAGCAGUACCUAGAAGAUCAGUGCGCUCGAUUUCUGAAGCUCGACCCCGCGCGAUCGUUUGAGGAGCAAAUGUUUGAGGAACCAAAGCACCUGCCAGCACUCGGCGUCGGUGUUCGUCUGCUGGCCAAUGGGACGCACGCCAUAUUCAAUUCUUAUGCGUACCAUGCUGCCCCUGCUGCCAUGCAUCUUGUGGCGAAUGCGAGGCUGCGGCAUUUCACUGGAAAAGUAACAGCCGCAAUCCACUCAUCAAUUCAAAUCUACGCUCCAGCCAAUGGGAGCGAGAGCGCUUCAGAAGAGGAACGAAUCAUGAAUCGCUUCGUAAUUGUCCCCGUGUUGAUCUUGGCAUUUGCCCUAACCACUUCCUCGUUCGUCAUGUUCCACGUCGAGGAGCGCGCUUCGCAUUUUAAACAUCAGCAACUCCUCACAAAACUGCACCCCUCUCUUUUCUGGACGGCUUCGAUCAUCUAUGAUGGCGCGAUAUUUUUCUUCGUCUGCGGCGCGUCGAUCAUGCUCUUUUGGUACCACGGACUAAUGAAUGGGGAACUGCAAUAUGUUUUCUUACUUUGGAGCCUGUAUUUCUGGGCCUGCUGCCCUUUGAUCUAUUCCGCUUCCUACUUCUUUGAAUCGCCGUCAAAAGCUAGCACUAUAUUGGUGAUUUGGCAGUUCGUUACGUCGGCCUUUGCCGCUGUUGUCGUCGCAAUGCUAGGGGUACUUCAGUAUCACGAACAACUUGAGGUUGUUCUGAUGUUCCUCUUCCCUCCAUACGCGAUGGGCGCGGGGAUGAGCGCGGUUCAGGACUGGUCGAUAAACGCGAAACGACCCGCGAAUCUGCCGAUCAGCGGCGCCAAGUUGGUCGCCAUCUCGGUUCAAAACCUUUUUAUC